CGCGCCCUUCGGAUACGCUGUCGCACCUUCGGUCGUAGGCGUUUAGGAUGGGACAGUCCAGCUCCGCUAGGCUCACAGUACCUUCCAAGGACAUUGAAAAAACAACCCGUUUUGGUCCUGUCAGCAAAAGAUCAUGCACAGACCUUCCAUGUUGCUUGCUGUUCCUACUUUUUCUCGUCGGAUUUGUAAUCGUUACGCUUUGGAGUUUUGCAAUGGGUGAUUACCGUCGUGUUGUUUACCCGACGAAUUCCAAGGGUCAGGUUUGUGGGAGAGAUGUUCCUGGCAGGCCAUUCCUGUAUUUCUUCGACCUGUCACUCUGUUUGAGGAUGGCCCCGGUCGCCGUCUUUACCGGAUGCCCAACACCCCAAGUUUGCGUGUCUUCUUGCCCGGACUACUACUGGUCAUGGAAAUCUCCGUAUAAUACUCCGAACCCACUAUCAGCUCGUGAGCUCAUGAUCUGUUUGGACGGAAAAAAUGCUACGGAUCCGGAAUUUUUCCAUGUGCCCAUCGACGACUUGGUUCGAACUCGCAAGUGUGCACCGUACACAUUCAAUUCAAAACCAGUUUUUGGUCGGUGCAUGCCAAGUCAAAUUAAUCGCUUGUUGUCCAAUGGGACGGGAAAAAUUUACGACAGCGCAGGACAACAGAUAGUCUUAACUGAUUCACAGGAUAAACGUGUCAGCGGCGUUUCUGUGGUCCGUGGACGCGACACCAUCAUGCACCUGACCGAUGCCUUUGAGAAAAUUGCGUCCGACUUGGCUGUCAGCUGGCCAACAAUUUUGAUUUGUCUGUCUGUCAGCAUCGUGCUUUCAUUUGUUUGGAUCGUUACGUUACGCUGUUGUGCUGGUGUAAUGGUCUGGUCCAGCCUCAUCCUCUUUGUGCUGUUGUUCACUGCAUCUGCUGGAUUUUGCUUCUAUCGGUGGCAUUACUUGCGCAACACGGCAGAGGAGAUUCCGUCGGAGCUUACCUUUGAUUUGACCUUAUACUUUCGGUCGGCUUCCCUAUGGCUAGCCUUUGGUAUCAUAUCGGCCAUUAUUCUCGUGAUCAUCGUUCUGGUACUAAUAUUCCUCCGCGAUCGAAUACGAAUCGCUAUUGCGAUAAUGAAUGAAGCAAGCAAGGCAUUGAUCCACAUGACUUCGGUCUUCUUUUGGCCACUGCUGCCGCUCGUGCUUGAAUUCCUUGUGAUCGCACAAGUUUUGUUUGUAUCUAUCUCUCUGCGAUCCAUUUCCGACCCGGUUAUGGUGCAAGAUAGCAACAAUCAAACGCUUCCACCGCUCAGCUCCGAAGAGAAGGCUCGUAAGGAUUUGCAGGACUUCUUCAAGCUCAUUCCAUGUGAUCCGUUGACCAAUUCAUCAGCUGGCAAGGCAUGCCGUUUCCUGUACUACGGGGAUAGAAAGUAUACAAUUUUCUUGCAAUUAUUCAAUGUCUUCAUGUUUUUUUGGCUCGUCAACUUCGUCCGAUCUCUGGCAGAGAUGACCUUGGCCGGUACCUUCGCUCACUUUUACUACUCGCGCAGUGACCCGAAUGCCAUGCCCAAGUGUCCAUUGCUCCAGAGUUUCUAUCGAGCUGCGGUCUUCCACAUUGGUUCACUGGCACUGGGUUCGCUUCUUUUGGCUCUAUUUCAGUGGCUGCGUCUACUUCUGGAGUAUCUUGAUGCCAAACUGAAAAAGUUCGACAAUGGAUGUACGCGCAUCUGUUCGCGAUGCUGUUGUUGCUUCCUCUGGUGUCUGGAGAGGUUCAUCCGUUUCCUUAACCGUAACGCGUUCAUCAUGAUUGCUAUUCAUGGACAAAACUUUUGCUCGGCUGCUCGAACAGCGUUCAACCUGCUUGCGAGGAACCUCGUCAGAGUGUUCGUGGUCGACAAAGUUACAGACUUCCUUCUAUUCGUUGGCAAGCUAGUCGUGAUCGUCAUCAGUGCUGCUUUGGCCUACCUGUAUCUGAAUGGUGUUAUUUUCGCGGAUACACCAUUUGCGGAUAUGGCACCUGAGCUGCACUACAUCGCUGUGCCGGUGCUUAUUGUCGUAAUUGGAUCAUAUAUCGUCACUUCCUUGUUUGCCAGUGUCUAUGCGAUGGGUGUGGAUACAAUCUUCCUGUGUUUCUUGGAAGAUUUGGAAACCAACGAUGGUUCUCCCGAGAAACCCUACUACAUGAACAAGGAAUUGUUGAACAUUUUGGGUAAAAAGAACAAACAACAACCCCUCAAGGGUAUCGAGAUGGAUGAGGCAAACUAGUACGGACAGAAUGAACCGAUUCGGAUUUUACCCAAGAAGAAACAAUCACCGGGUGGUAUCAUCCAAACUUUUACUUUCCGUCAUUUUUCUGUGUCUACGAACUACUGCUUACUACACUGUUCAUUCCCUGUAUCCCUCUUUCCCCAAAUUUUACUAGGCGGGUCGUCUGCAAUUGAACCAAACUAUCACAGGGAUUUUCGUGGUUUCCAGGUGUCAUCCAGUUUUAUCAUGAACCUUUGUGCUUUUCUGAUUUGGUACAUUCAGG